ACAAAAUCUCUUCCUCUUCAGCAAUUCACUUACUGAUCUUAUUAUUAUAUUAGCUAUAUUAGCUUCUUUGAACAGAAAAAAUGCUUUAGUGAAGGAAUUGUAACUAAAUAUCCCAAAGGCUCCCGGUUACUUCUAGAUAAACGUUCGUGUUACAAUUGAAAAAAGAAAACAAAGAGCACAAUCUACCAGUUGCACUUGAUCUCUGUUUAAGUCUCAAUUUUCGAUAAAUGAAGAAAGAUUUCAAGUAAUACCAUCUCGUGCCUUAGUCACCUUUGGUCUCGUGCAGAGAUGCUUUAGUACAAACAGCUUCGAGUUGGUCUUUAAUGCCACAAAACCUCUUUCAUUCAUGACACAGACAGACAGACAGACAGACACCCUGACUAAUAAUUCAUUCAAGGCCAAAUUAGCCUCCAUUUACUAACUGAAACGGCCCAAAGGCUGAAACAGAUCUUUUGACUUUUAAAUUUUCAGUUCGACUCAUAAUUGACAGUACAAAGGUAUAUCUCUCUAAUUCCUGUUAAGAAAUUCUACCGCUGCGUUCUGAGAAGAAAGAGACAAACAGUGACACAAAGCUCCAUAGAAUCACACGUAGCAUUGCCAACAAUCCGACUUUUAAUAAUUCAGCCAACAUGAAAGAAGUUUUGGAAGACGUUGUCACCUCGAGUUUUAAAAAGAUCUGUCAGAAGAGUGGAAGCUUUAAUGUUUGCCCGCGAGGACUGCCGGGACCUCCGGGAAGGAGAGGAAGAAAAGGUUCCCGAGGAAUUAUGGGACCACAGGGUCCAGAUGGGAAGCAAGGAGUUAUGGGACCCCCUGGUCGAGGUGGAAAACAAGGAAUUAUGGGAACACCAGGCAUAAGAGGAGAAAAGGGAAUUAAAGGGGAUAUUGGGCCACCGGGCAUCCCAGGGAUUAAAGGUGAACCCGGAGAAUCAAUUUCUGCACCAAAAGUGACAAUUUCCCCUGCUUCACAACUGACUGUCAACGAAAGCAAGACUGCUGCUCUGUUUUGCUCUGUUACUGGAAAUCCCGCUCCCGAGCUGUCGUGGGUUAGGAUUGAUGGAUCGUUACCUAGCAGCAGGGUCAAAAUGACGUUAGAUGGCCUGUUGCAGAUUGAUGACGUUCGCUUAGAGGAUGCUGGGAAAUACAAAUGCGUGGCGCGCAAUAUUCUGGGAGAAGAUGAAACCUCUGCAAACCUUGUUGUACAGAGUAAGCCAAAAGUUUCUCUCUCGUUUGGACCAUCCUACGUCGAAAAGAACAAGGACAUCACUUUACCAACUUGUUACGUGACUAGCUUUCCUCUAGCGGUGAUCACGUGGUCUAAAGUGCACGGUGAACUGGUAGGAGCCAGAACUGUUUCAAAAGACGGACAGCUGUCAAUAACAAAUGCCCAGAAGAAAGACUCUGGCUUGUACAAAUGUAAAGCAACAAACAUCUUAGGUCACCACUCGGCUGUUACACAUCUAAGCGUAGUGGAACUGCCUCAGUUUACAGUCAGGCCGCCUGAGCAACUCAGAGAGCUUAGGAACCACAAUAUAACAGUCACUUGCCAGGCCACCGGGGACCCCAAGCCGAAAAUCACUUGGAUGAAGGAAAACGGUAAGCUACCUCUAGGAAGAUGAAACGUUGGUGUCGAUGGAACACUUCAAAUUUGGAACUCUAAGGAGGAGGAUUCGGGGAGAUAUACUUGUAUGGCGGCAUCCGCUGCAGUGUUGGAAAAAGCGUUAUCUGUUAUGAAACUGACUGUUACAAUAGGAGUUUGUGGACCUGUUGGUGUAGCGGACAGGAACAUAAUACCAGAUUCCAGAAUGACGGCAAGCACGUACCAUCAUAGUUGGUAUUAUCCAUACUUCGGCCGACUGCAUGAAAGCAGGAAACAUGGAGCGUGGUGUCCAAAGACUAAAUCUGACAGAACAGACUAUCUCCAAGUUGAUAAAGGUAAAGUGUACUCCGUUUGUGCAGUGGCAACACAAGGAGGCAGGAGAUCCAUUACUGAACGGAUCACCAGCUACAAAUUACAGCUGUCUAUCGAUGGGAUAGCUUGGGAAUUCUACAAGGAGAACAGUGUUCAAAAGGUGUUUGCAGGAAACACAGACCGAAACAGUAUUGUAAAGCAUUUUCUCAGUCCUAACGUCAAAGCAAGAUUCGUUCGGUUCUAUCCUGUAACAUUGCCUUCUUUCCUUGCUUCAGGGUUGAAAUAUUUGUGCCAAAGUAAAGCAUUAGUGUAACUAAUGUGCGAGCCUGCGAACCGCGAGCCACGAUCCGCGAGCUACGGGCUGCAGGCCUAUUUUUGCGAGCCACUGCUUUUUUCUUUCUUUCUAUUUUUUUUUCUUUCUUUUUUUUUUUUUUUGAGUACGUUUUUACUGUGGUGAAAAAUAAUCACAACUUUUUGCAAACUUAUUAAAGAUUAGCAAAAGUUUACCUCGCUUGCAGCAACCAAAGUCUGGUAAUUCAAAUGCAAAAUGGGAAAAGUGACCGUUCUAAAAUAUCUGCGUACGUAAUUGGUAGAAAUAAAUUUUUAAAAAAGGAACUCUCCACCACCUCACUUGCCAUGCUACAAUGCACCGAACCAUGAAGACUGUGGGUGUUUUUCAUCAUGCCAAAGAUUCCUGAAAUUUCGGUCGGAAGUCAAAUGGAAAGAUCCGUUCCAGUUCCUUCCGAAACCAAUAUUCGGGAUCACCUCUGGAGGUGAUCCUCUUCUUUCGGUCGGACCGGUCCGACCAAAAUUUGCCUUUCCAUUUUUGACAAAUCGGAUCAUUGCCCUAAUUCUCUUCACUUAUGUAGGGAAUUCGGAAAAGGAAUGAAAAAUGGUAAGAGCCAUUCCUCUUGAUAGGCCCGGUUUGAUCGGAAAAUGUUGUUCCAUUUUCCUCGGGUACUCCCACUAGUCUCUUACCGGUCGGUUUGGCAUAAUGGGCCCCUGCCUGUAUAAAUACCAUGUUAGGGCAUUAUGCCCGUUUUUGGAUUUUUUUUUUGGCAGGAAUCUUUCAGGGUUCACAAAUAGAGACUCGCGGGCUCGCGCUCGCAGGUUCGCAAAAUAGCCUUCCUCGGUUACCGUACAGUCCUUCCAGAUAACAAAACUUGCUUGUUCCUGUUAGUGUAUAAAUUUUGCUCAGCAAGGUCAGCAAACCCAGACUCUCCAGUCUUAGCAGGAGCCAACACCAUUGUAAUUAAUAUUCAGUCACUGGUUCUUCCUUGUUUAAGAUGAUCCGAUAGCUCGACAAAUAGCUUAAAACGACACCGAUAUUUUAUCCGGUCUUCAGAUGAAGAAGAUUUGGGCACAAUUCCAUUGAAGCGUGAAGCGAGCCUUUAUCACUCGCUGAGUUUUUGAUGGUUUUCACAUAUUUUUGACAACUUUAGCUCGACUUCCUGUCGGCUUUUGAGUUAGGCAGUGAAAGCUAGUAGAAACAAUUAGAACAGCUUUACGGCUAUUAAAUGACUUUUCUGCCUCUCCGUAACUUCGUCAAUUCAUACUUUCAUAACUCAACAUUUCCCGUUAAACGGAUUGUAAUUGUGUUCUUUAAAUCUAAAGAAAAACAGAAAUGAGAAAAUGAGUCGUGUUUUUCCAAUCGAUAAAUUGUGAGUUUCUUGCCAGAUUCCGAAGCGAAGAAAUAAAUGAGGAGCUUGUAUCGUGGGAUCUUUAAA